CGCCUACCAUCAUAACCGCACGGGAUUUUACUACGACUAAUAAAAAAAUAAGGAUCUACUCGCUGGCAUCUUCAUGCAGAUUGCAGCUUUUUUGCAUUGCUCGCCAGAGGGAGUUACAGACUAGACCCAGUCGCAAGCUGACCUGCCAAAACCGAAUUGUUGUAGUUUUAUAUUUAUUUGUUUUAAUCAUCGCUUUGUCAUCGGUGUACUUUGUUUCGAAUUUUGAUUAUUUUGGAUUCGAUGGAAAUUGUGUAAUUGUGAUGUAACUAGAACAGCGUACAUACAUCAUUAACAGGGCCUGAAAUAUUGUUUAAAAUUCACAAAUAUGGAUGCAACAAUGAUGAAUUGUGGGCCUUGGCUUCAUCACCAACAAUUAUUGCAUCAGUUACAAAUGGAGCAACAUCCUUAUUAUCAGUAUGCAAUAAAUGAUCUGCAUGCCUACUAUUCAUCGAGUGAUCAUCAAGAGGAAGAAACAGAUCAUACAGGUGAUGAAAUGCCAUCGGAAACAUCUGGUGAUCAAAGUCCUAAUGGAGAAGUAUUUCGCCUAGCAUUUGCUGCAUCACAGUGGUCUAAAUUAGUUUUGAAUGCAGAAGGUCUUUUCAACAAAUUAAUGACAAAUAAUGCUCUUUCAUCAGAAGAACAACAUUUAUUAAAAAGUCAAAUAGAACAAUGGCUUUGCUUAAAACAAGAGUAUGAAGAGUGUAUUGGUACUGAUGAUUCUAGUAGUUUACCAGGUUUUACAGAAAAUGUUAAGAAAUCACUCGAAAGAAUCGAAGAAGUAACAGAAACAGAUGAAAAAACAGAUGAAUCUAGUAAUUGGCAAAAAUCAUUAUCUAAAAGAAAAAGUUUUUCUGGUUCUGAGAGUGAAGUUUCUUAUGAAGAAGAUCACAGUGAGACUGAAUCUGAAAAUUCAGAUUUUUUAGGUAAAUUAGAUGAAUAUAUGAAAAAAUUUAAGAUGGAUACUGAUAAAAUUAUAGAUACUAAACAAAAUGAAUGUUUAUUAAAUGAAAGAGAAGAUUCUCCAGAAUUACAGUUAAGUAAUACAAGAUUUGUUCCAAUUGUAAAGCCAAUACCUAUUAGAAAUCCUACUUCUAGAAGGAUGUCUAUAUUACCACACUCUGAAAUGAGUAAUGAAUUUAUUGAAUUUCAAAAGCAACAAAAUGCCUUCAGUGUUGUUCAAAAAAGUCAUCAAGAUUUUAGUAAAAUAAUUCCUCAAAACUCUGAGCGACAACAUAAAGAAAGUGAAGCUAAAGGUAAGAAGAGUUUUGAAGAUGAUUGUACAAAAGUUAUGACAAAUAAAAAUAGCAUCAUUGAUACUGAAAACUAUACUAUACUGAAAAUGUUAAAGAUGACUAAUGAAGAGAAAAAAUUACACAUAAAAGAUAUUCAAUUGAAUUUAGAACUUAUACAUAAGCAGGUGAGGGAACUGCAAAACAUUAUCACAAUUAAAGAACAAUUUAUAGAAGAUAUGUUGAAAAAUAGUGAUGCCAGAGACAGUGCUAAACAGAAGUUUCAAGAAAAAAGAGAUAAAUAUGCAGAAAUGUACAGAGAUGUUGAAGAAGUACUUAAUUAUAAAUUGCAUUGUAAAGAUACUGAUGAUGAAUCUAAUCACCAAGAAGAAAUUGAAAAAUGUGAAAGAGCAUUAAAACAUUAUGAAAAAAAACUAAGAGAUACAAAAAUAAUAAAACAACUUGCUGGCAACUCUUCUGAUACUAUUUCAUAUAUUGAAAAUUCAUUGAAAGAGUCUAAAAAGCGAAUGGAGAAAUUGAAACAACAACUUGUAAAUGAAGAAAAACAAAAGCAAUGUUUAGAACACGAAAUACUUGAAAAUAAACAACAGAUAAUCGAGUUGGAAGAAAAACAUAAAUCAUCAUUGUCAAAAUUGAAAGAAAAAAAUUCUGAAUCUCAUGAUGAAACUAGUAAGAGUAAAAUAAAAUUGAAAAAUGAAGACAGAGAUAAAAAUUUACUGGAGGAAAAUGAAAAAAUUAGUCGCAUAGGUAAUUUAUUGAAAGAGCAAUUAGAUGGGAGUAAAUUAGAUAAUAUGAAUGAAAAUGACACAUUGAGACGGGAAAUCCAUAACUUGAGAUGUAUUAGAGAUAAAUUAAUAGACAUGAAGUGUAAAUAUACAAGUGAUCAAGUUCCAGUAACAAUACAGAGACAAAGACAAGUCUUACUAAUUAGUGAAUAUGUAGAAACUAUUGAUGCCAUGAUAGAACAAAAAAAUGUUAUGAUAUGUAAUGAUGGAGAUUUAAAAAAAUCAAAAUUAACUAGGAAUGAUGAGCAUAUUCCCAUUAUGAAUCGAUUAGAAAAUUUGUCUCAUGAUGAAUUAGUCACAUUAUUUUACAAAUACUUUUACAAAGUCAUUGAUCUUAAAGAUAGUUCCAAAAAUCUUGAAAUUCAAAAUGCUACUCUGGAAGAAACUUUGAAGAAUAAGGAUAUGGAAUAUGAUGCUAAACUAUUUAGACUUCAUAGAUCUUACGAACGUCAACUGAAUCUCUUAUUUAAUUAUUAUGCAGAAGAAACAAGUAGCUCCAGUCAUGAUAAUAGAAUUGAUAGGAACAGAGAUACAGAGAGAUUAAUUAAAGAAAAUCAAGCAUUGAGACAACGUUUGGCUCAUUUUGAUUCUCUUUUGAAAGCAUCUGCAAAUACUAAAGCUUUAGCAUCUCGUUCUAUCAAAAAUACUGAGCAAAGUGUACAACCAGAACAGAUGCAAAUAGUGCCAUCAGAUGCAAACAAAAAAGUUGGUCGUGACGGCAAAGAACAAAAUAAUAAAAGAGUUACUCGUCAUGGCAAUAAACUAGUAUUUAAUAUAAAAUGAUAACAAAUAAUGUUUCAAAUUAACAUUUUUCUCUAGUGACAAGGAAAAUGAAUUCUUAAUGAUAAUUCAGAAAUUCGUCAUAUUAUUUUCUUGACAGAUGCGAGUAUUUAAAAAAAUUGUUAUUGAGUAAUUUUUGUAAUUGCUUAUAUGAACAAACAGAUUUAUUUUUAAAAAUUGUGUACAAAAGAAUAUGAAGUAAUAUUAACUUUUACAAUGUAUUUUAAAGAAUUUUUCAAUUGCUUACUUCAGUAAAGCUAUUAUUAUUGUAUUUAGAAUUUU